AACAAAGAAUUUUGAAAAAGUAUAUUCCAUUAUUCUCCACGCAUCAGGAAUAUUCUAAAUCCGGAACCCAAACACACUCUUUAUUUACUUUUUUUAUAUUCUUAUUUAUUUCUCCUAAUUAUCAAUUCUAAUCUCAAUUAUUAUUAUUUUCAUUAUUAUUCCAAAUCUUAACCAAACUGCGUCUCAUCAACGCGCAAUCUUCAUUUUCAUUCUCCAACGAUGAAAUUCUGGAAGAUUCUCAGCAACCAGAUCGAGCAAACGUUACCGGAUUGGCGUGAUAAGUUUUUAUCCUACAAAGAUCUUAAGAAGCAGUUGAAGCUAAUUAACCCUAAAGAUCCUUCUUCCUUUAAACGGCGUCGUUUGGAUGAAGAUGGCAACGCCGAUGCCGAUGUAUCCAAAGAGGUUAACGACUUUCUUAGGUUAUUGGAGGUUGAGAUUGAAAAAUUCAACGCUUUUUUUGUUGAAAUGGAAGAAGAAUAUGUUAUCAAAUGGAAGGAAUUGCAAGACAAAGUUGCCUGGGCCAAGAAUUCUGAUGCAGAGUUGAUGUCAGUAGGGAGGGAAAUUGUGGAUUUUCACGGAGAGAUGGUUUUGUUAGAGAACUAUAGUGCACUUAACUACACAGGUCUGGUUAAGAUAAUAAAGAAAUAUGAUAAGCGAACUGGUGCACUGAUUCGAUUACCUUUUAUCCAAGAUGUCUUGAACCAGCCGUUCUUCAAAAUUGAUGUGCUUAACAAGCUUGUAAAAGAGUGUGAGCUGAUGCUAAGUAUUAUUUUCCCCAAAAGUGGGCCUCUAGGUCAAUCCUUAUCAACCAGUGAGGUUUUUGAGGAAGUUACACGUGGCUCCACAUCUGCAAACGGAACUAAAGAGACAUUUGAGCAUGUCCCCAAAGAACUUUCUGAGAUUCAAAAUAUGGAAAACAUUUUCAUCAAACUAACUACAUCGGCACUGGAUACACUGAAAGAGAUUAGGGGUGGAAGCUCAACUGUAAGCAUAUACUCAUUGCCUCCUCUGCAUAGUGAGACUCUGGUAGAGGAUUGAAAGAAAACAACAGGAUAGAUGCUGAGUUCGACUCUCCAUCUUCUCUCUUUUCCAAUUUUCUGCUGUGGAGAAAGUAGCAUAGAUAAUUGCAGUAACUUGUGAUAGGUGCUGGCUUUCCAUCUCUUCAUAUUUCCUGUUCAACAAUGUCUUUUUCAAUGUUGAGAACAGACUCCAAAUGAAUUUGGAUGAAAAUUUGGCCUCCUUUUUGAAUCAGUAUCUGGUGGCAAAUGGAUGCAGCAUGAUUAUUUGUUUCCUUUUUUUUUUUUUUAAUAAUGUAAAAUUUUCCUCAUGGUUAUAGGUGCCAUGCACUCACUCUUAAAUUGGCAUCUAGGUUGUAUCAAUAUGCUAACAGUUUGUGGACUAUGUAGAUAGUAACUAGAUACUCAUACCAAAUUGUUGUGGUUAGAAAGUGGUGGAAGUAGGUGAUUUGGAAUUUUGUAAUGCAUACUAAUUUAGUUACUUUGGUA